UUGGUCACCUUAGCAACACACAUCCGUUCGUAUUUGAUCAAUAGAAAUUCCUUUACAUAAAACACCCGACCCGGAAAAAAUUCCCAUACAAAAAUAUAAUGAUUGGCACUGGCUCCAGCAGUACAACGCGUCAACGCAAGAUCCGCGAACAAUGCGGCUCCUGUCCGAAUCGCUUCUCCAAGGACAAGCGGCAGGUGGUGGCCGAGGAUUCGGACACCACCGAGGUGGAGUCCUCCACCGAUGAGGAAGAUCGCUGGAAGGAAGUGGCGCGUGCGGCGGAAAUACCCGCCGACUACUACAACAUCCAGAAGCUGGUGAAAUACAUCAAGGCGGGCAAUCAGACGGCCACCAUAGUGUCGCUGUGCUGCCUCAAGGACUACGACCUGAGCACACAAAUCAAUCAGUUCGCCAUUCAGGACAUUGGCGGGCUCGACGUUCUGGUGAACAUUCUGGAGUGCAGCGACACAAAGUGCUGUCUGGGCGCCCUCACGGUUCUCUCCGAGAUUACCCUCAACAUAGACAUACGCAAGACGAUUGUGGACCUGGAUGGCAUACCCUUGAUUGUGGACAUACUCAACUCCUCCAUGAAGGAUCUCAAGACCAUGGCCGCCGAAACUCUGGCGAAUGUGAGCAAGGUGCGUCUGGCGCGCAAAUAUGUGCGCACUUGUGGGGGCAUCCCAAAGCUGGUGGAUCUCAUAGACGUCAAACUGAGCAUUCUGCAAACCCCUCGGGAUCAACUGAAUGCCGAAGACCUGGAAUCGCUGAACAUGGCACGGGCUGGAUCUCGUGCUCUGUGGACCCUGGCCGACUCGAAGCAUAACAUGGAGCAGAUGCGCAAGAGCGGCAUAGUGCCCCUGAUGGCACGCCUGCUCAAGUCCUGCCACAUCGAUGUCGUCAUACCCAUUAUGGGCACGGUGCAGAAGUGCUCCUCGGAGCCCAAGUUCCAGCUGGCCAUCACCACAGAGGGCAUGAUAGCGGACAUCGUGACGCAUUUGAGUGCCGAGUGCACGGACCUCAAGAUGGAGGGCAGCACGGCCAUUUACAAGUGCGCCUUUGACGAGACGACCAGGGAUCUGGUGCGCGAGGCGGGCGGCCUGGAGCCCCUCGUGACCAUCAUCAAGGACAAGACGGUGCGGGAGAACAAGCCGCUGCUGCGCGGCGCCACCGGGGCCAUCUGGAUGUGCGCCAUUUCGGAUGUGAAUGUCAGCAUGCUGGACAACAUGCGCACCGUGAACCAUCUGGUGGCGCUGCUCAACGACGAGGACGAUGAGGUGCUGACCAAUGUCACCGGCGCCCUCUCCGAGUGCGUGCGCUUCCAGAGCAACCGGCAGACCCUGCGCCAGGCAGGUGGCCUGCCCCAAAUGGUGGCCCUGCUCAACUCCUCGCACGCCCCGCUGCUGGAGAAUCUCGCCAAGUCGCUGAAAGAGUGCGCCGAAGAUCCGGACAGCAUGCGCAUUCUCGAAGAGCUGGAUGCGGUGCGUCUGAUCUGGUCCCUGCUGAAGAACACCAGCCCCCGGGUGCAGGCCCAUGCCGCCUACGCCAUCUGUCCGUGUGUGAGCAAUGCCAAUGACUCCGCGGAGCUGGUGCGCAGUCUCGUCGGUGCCAUGGAGCUGGUUGUGGGCCUCCUCAAGUCGCGCGACAUUAUGGUGCUAUCGGCGGUGUGUGCGGCCAUUGCCACGAUUGCCCAGGACCAGACCAAUCUGGCCAUACUCACCGAUCUGCGGGUUAUCUACAAGUUGGCCGAUCUGGUCAACACCACGGAUGAUCUGCUGCGCAUGAAUCUGGCUGCCGCCGUCGCGGCCUGCGCCUGCUUCGGCAACAACACGGAGGAGCUGGGACGCCUGCGCACCGUCACACCGAUUGUCACCUACAUGACCAGUGACAAUCCCAUGGUGCAUCGCAGCACGGCCAUGGCGCUGGAGAAGCUAUCGAUGGAUCCCCAGAACUGCAUCACAAUGCACCAAAGUGGAGUGGUUCCCUUUCUGUUGGAGUGCAUUGGCUCCACCAACAAGGAGCUGCAAUUGGCUGCCGCUGGCUGUCUGCGCAACAUCCGGGAGUUGGCCCUGCGCGCCGAGGAGUAUUUGCUCAAGAUUGACGAUGACUAGCAGGGGCUGGGGGCUGGGGGCUGCUGUUCCUCAUCGCUUCACAAUUGAUUGUUUUAUACAUUUUUUUCUGUUUUAAAUGAAUACAUUUGUUGAUGAAAGUUCCCAUAAAUAA